GCAGUGCGCGCUCUUUGUGCCGGGCUGCAGCGGGUGGCUAGUGGAGGAGUCUGGUCCCCGAGCGCUGGAGGCGGAGCUUCGGAGGCGUGGCCGGGCCCGCCCGCGUGCAGAUUGGGCUCCCACAGGGCGGCGGGCGGGCCCGGGGCGGCGCUUCUGAUAACAACACUCGGAACCCGGGUUGAGCUAUUUGUUGCUGCGCCGCCUUUGCCCGAGCUCCGGUCCGCGCUCUCCUGUAGCUCUCCCAGCAGCAGCCGCCGCCGCCACCCUGGGACCCCCGGCUUCACACCCUCGCCCUCCUCCCCGUCCCGCAGAGCCACCUGCCUCCUAGCGCCAUGACCGUCGUCUCCGUCCCGCAGCGGGAGCCGCUCGUCCUGGGCAGUCGUCUGGCGCCGCUCGGCUUCUCCGCCCGCGGUUACUUCGGGGCCCUCCCGAUGGUGACCACGGCUCCGUCUGUGCCCCGGAUCCCGGACCCCCGGGCGCUGCCCCCAACCCUCUUCCUCCCGCACUUCCUGGGGGGAGACGGCCCCUGCCUCACCCCGCAGCCUCGCGCUCCCGCAGCGCUGCCCAACUGCAACCUGACCCCGGCGGGAGGCACCCCGCGGGCAGCGCCGAAGAAGCGACGGAAGAAGAAGGUGCGGACCGCCCCGGCGGGGCAGCUGCCCAGCCGCUUCCACCAGUACCAGCAGCACCGGCCGAGCCUGGAGGGCGGCCGGAGCCCGGCCAGCGGCCCAAGCGCAGCGCAGGAGGGCUCGGGCCGGGCCGCUGCCUCGGCCCCGGCGGCCGCCACCCGAACGGAGGGAUCGAGCCCCGUCCCCGGGCUACUGCAGCCGGCGGAGCCCGGUCAACCCCCGUUCCGGAGAGAGGUUUUUAAAUCAAAGAUGGGAAAAUCGGAGAAAAUUGCCCUUCCCCACGGCCAGCUUGUGUAUGGUAUACACUUGUGUGAACAACCAAAGAUAAACAGACAGAAAAGCAGACAUAAUUUGCCACUAACCAAGAUGACCUCUGCAAAAAGGAAUGAAAAUAACUUCAGACAGGAUUCUGAUAUGCCUGAUAGAAUUCAGAAGCAGGAAAAAAAGCCUUUUAAAAAUACUGAGAACAUUAAAAGUACUAAUUUGAAGAAAUCAUCAUUUCUAACGGAAGGAAGCCAAAAGGAAAACUACGCUGGGGCAAGGUUCAGUGAUCCACCUUCUCCUAGUGUUCUUCCAAAGCCUCCUAGUCACUGGAUGGGAACCACUGCUGAAAAUGCCAACCCCAAUAGGGAGCUGAUGGCAGUGCACUUAAAAACGCUCCUGAAAGUUCAAACUUAGAUUUGUAAUGUAAAACAGUAUUCCCCAGAUUUCUGGACUCUAAAGGAAAAUGGGUACAGAAAUGGAAAUUUGCCUUGUUGCAACACACAAGUGCAAAAGAUGAGCUUAAAAAAAGUUACAUACAAACAGCUUGUAUUAUAUUUUAUAUUUUGUAAAUACUGUAUACCAUGUAUUAUGUGUAUAUUGUUCAUACUUGAGAGGUACAUUAUAGUUUUGUUAUGAAAGUGUAUUUUGCCCUGCCAACCUGGUAGGUGUUUUGUAUAUAUACAGUGGAGAAAUUUUAUGUGCUAAGGCACAUGGAAGACCGAUUUAUUUGCACAUGGUACUGUUUUUCUUUUUCAAGAAACAACUGUCAAAUCUCAAAAGUGAAAAUCUAAAUGUGAAGUUUACUAAUGCACUACUGAAGUUGAAAUUUGUGGCACAAUCAUUGUGAACAUGAGGUUUGUGUUUCUUUAAAUUGAUUUCUGCCAUCUAAUCUGUAAUUAUUGGAAAACUAUUCCCAUUUUUACCAAACGUAAUUUCUGGUUUGGGUAUAUAGCCAUUGUUUCACAAACUUAAAAUGUCUCUAAUUUUAAUGCCAACAAAAUUGGUUGUAAUCAAAUUAUAAAAUAAUAAUUUGGCCUCCCCCCCAAAAAAAAUAGUCGUCUUGACUCUU